GUUUCGGUUUUAAAGAUUCCUCCCUAUUCUGUGUUCGUCUGGAGAGCACAGAGUCUUCACAGGUCAAGCAAGUAAACCUAGGGUUUACUAUCGGCCGGGAAAAUUGAAAUUCGUGGGCUGCACCUUGUGUUUGGCCGGCGAGAAAAUCAGAGGGAAAUUUCGAAUAACUGCCUCGGGAAUGUUCGUUCUGAUCCGGCUUUGUGGUGGGUCCUGAUUAACCGCGAGGGCGGUCGGGUGGAGCUCCAACAGCGGUUAGAGGUUUAUGAGCACGAGAUCCCGGGACCCGAUACUGUAAUUGUGAUUUUGCCUCUGUAGCAGUAGUUGGAGUCACAACUAAGCAGAUGGAUCUCACUCUAAAAUGUGCUGCUGUGCUGAUGCUUCUUGGGCUGGCAAGUGCAUCUGCUACCAAUAGUGAUUUUGGGCAGUGUGAAAGAAUUGUCAAAAGGUGGGCUUCUUCCGCUAUUGAUGUAGAAGUUAAAGAUGACAAACAUACACUUCAAGAUUUGUUGUUUUUCCUCCACGUCCCAAGAACUGGAGGGCGAACAUACUUCCAUUGUUUCUUGAAAAAGUUGUACUCCAGUUCUCAGGAAUGUCCCAGAUCUUACGAUAAGCUACGAUUCAAUCCUAGCAAACCAAAGUGCAGAUUGUUGGUUACUCAUGAUGACUAUAGCAUGAUGUCUAAACUUCAGAGGGAAAAGCUUUCAGUGGUGACGAUACUUAGAGAUCCAGUUGACCGUGUAUUUAGUACCUAUGAAUUUUCAGUUGAGGUAGCAGCAAGAUUUUUGGUGCAUCCUAAUUUAACAUCCGUCAGACGAAUGGCUGGACGCUUACGCCCUAAGACUAAUGGAAUAAGUACACUGGAUAUAUGGCCUUGGAAGUAUUUGGUUCCUUGGAUGAGAGAAGAUCUAUUUGCUCGGAGAGAUGCUAGAAAGCAAAGAGGUUCAAAUGAUGUGAGGAGCAAUGACUCCUACGAUACGAAGGAAGUUUUGAUGCCAUUGCAUGAAUACAUCAUUGACCCUACUGCUCUUGACAUUGUUCACAAUGGAGCAACGUUCCAGGUUGCAGGAUUGACAAACAACUCUUAUUUUUCUGAGUCACAUGAAGUGCGCCAUUGUGUGCAGAAACAUAGGAUUCUUGGGGAAUACAUACUUCAAGUUGCAAAGAAGAGGUUGGACAAUAUGUUAUAUGUUGGUCUUACUGAAGACCACAGAGAAUCUGCUACAAUGUUUGCAAAUGUGGUUGGUGCACAGGUAAUUUCUCAGCUGGAAGCGUCAAACUCUAGUAUGGAGAGCAUAACUGACAAUAAAUCAGCACAAAUCUCUUCGUUUUCGGCUGCUGAAGAUAGUAUCAAUGGUCGUGAGAGACAGAGUAGCUCUAUAGACCAUAUUGAAAGUGAGAAUUCUACAGAUGCUGAAGCAGAUAAAGAAAAUAUGACUGUGGAGAAACUUAUGGGAGGUUAUGAAUCCUGCAUUUCCAAUUUACGGAAGGCCCAAUCACAACGCCGAACUAAUUCUUUGAAGAGAAUCUCCCCUGUACAAUUUUCAAAAGAGGCUCGUCGUCAAGUUCCUGAGGUGGUGCUCCAGCAAAUAAGAUCGCUUAACAAUCUCGACUUGGAGCUCUACAAGUAUGCGCAGGUUAUUUUUAGAAAACAGCAUGAAAAUUCCCUUCAAAAGUUGAGUUCCAUGGAGAGGUUGGAGAACAUGUUCAGCGAUUCAGGUGGCUUCACACACUGGGAACUAACCUUUGCGUUUUCCAUUGUCAUAAUAUUUUUAGUCGCCAUUGUAUUCGUAAAUGCAAGAAGAAGAAGAACAUCAAAGGUUAAGAUGUGAAUAUAAACUUUCAUUACAGAUUACAUAUAUUUUAUACGGUGGUAGAAGCCAUUUGGUUGGAUUGUCUAUAUAAACCUGUCUUCUGUUAA